UACCAUCUUUUGCUAAAAACAUAUGAGUUCUAUCCCCUGCCUGUAUCACCUGAAAGGCAGCCAGGUCCCAAGGGACUGAAGAGCCCUCCGAGGGGGGAGGUAAGGGCCUCCUCCUGCGUCACCAUCCAGGAAGCAUCACCAUAGCAACCCCAACAGCAAACAAUGCUGCCAGGAAAGUCUUCCCUGCAAAGCAGCCCCUCCUGGCAAUCAGGCCCACAAGAGGGAUGGCCAGUAGCCCACAAAGACAACCGAGGGGGCGGAAUGAUCCACCCCAUGUCCAAAAACCUUUCUUGCAGGUACGAGGUGGGGCCCCUUCUCCACAGCCUAUCUGUUUGCACCGUGCUGGGCUAAGGGCCGUUCCCCUGGGUGGGCCAUACUUUCUUCUGGCCAGUAGAUUUGGCCCAGAGCUCUCCUACCAUCCUCCUCUCUUAAUCCUAUGGUAUCGUGAACACAGAACUCAGAGAAUAGGAGAUGCCUGGUUACAUCUCCCAGCCCCACCUACUGGGGUGGUCAUGGAGAAAUGACAGCGGAGUGGGCCCAAGAGACAGGUGAGUUUUGGGGACUCAAUCAAGUCCUAGGGUGGAAAGGAGGGAGAGGUAUUUUGAGUAGCGUAGGCAGAUGGCUCAAGUCCCAGCUCUGCCACUCUCUGACCCAGCGACCCUGGGUGAAUUAUUUACCCUCAUUGUGUCUUGCUUUUUGCAUCCCUGAGAUGGGAGAGUAACAGCAUUUGCUCAUAGGGUUAUGAGGGUUAAUUGAGUUGUGGAUAUGUUUAGCACAGUGUCAAUACAUAUCUGCUACUGUUUAUUUCACGGGAGGUGGGACACAGGAAAGGGAAGGAACCAGCCUUCUAGAUGUUUUCCAUACUUGAUUAUGUUUGGAUGAGAAGUGAGGGAACUGCCCUGAUGACAAAGAAACAGAUGGCCCAUGCCAGCGAGCCCCUGCUGACCCACCAAACGUGGGCUCAGCGUGAGUUCCUCCUCCCCAGUGAGUCCCAGGAGUGGCCCGGCUUCACCCCGCAGGCCCACCACCGGCUGGCCCUGAAGCCGCCGCCCUGCACGGAGGUCAAGUCCGAGGCGUGCCGCCGACUCAUCUACCCUUGGAAGGACGCCGCCCAGCACACCGGGGGCUUUCACACGUGGCUGGAUGUGGGCCGUCUGCCCGCCACCUUCCCCACCAGGCCCGACAGGCCCUACGAUAGCAACGUGUGGCGCUGGCUGACGGACACCAGGGCCCACGGCUGCCCCCCGGCAGAGCCCCCCAUCCCCCCUCCCUCCUGGAUGGGUCCGAACAGCUUCCUGACCUUCCUCUGCUGCACUCCCAUCUUCGUGGACGAGAACAGGAAGAACCAGGUGCGCGUCAGGACGGUGCGGGAGCUGCGAGAGCUGGACAAACUCCAGCUGAGGAGCGAAGCGAGGGCACCUCCCCUCGACGCCAAGGGCAACAUCCUGCCCCCAAAGAACUUCAAGAAGUACCGGCACAUCUCCGCUGGUGGAAGGUUUGAGCCCCGAGGCCUCCAGGUCAUGCCCAGCGCACUUCCCAAUGAUUUUGCCAGGGGCUGGCCCUGCCCGAACCCUCUGCCUCAUUACCAGGAGAAGGUGCUAAAACUGGCCCCGCUGCCUAGUGCGCCUCUGAGUGAGGACCUUGUGAGGAAUUACCAAGCCCUGAUAGAGACCCGGGUUGCCUUGCCCCUCUGUCAUCUCUCCAAGGCACCACCUGGUAAAACCUUAGGGAGGAAGACAAAGAGAAGACCUGGACAGAUCUAAAGAGCCUCCAGCCGGGCGAGGACCGUGGUGGGCUACUGUGUUCUCAACCAGCGAGGAGCCUUUGGGGUGGCUGAAGGACUGGCUUCUGCAGCACAGAGCCUCGCCGCCGUCCCUCCAACUGCAAGCCACCUCUGUCCCCCAGGCUCCUGGAGACGCUACUGAAACUCUAAGUCAUUACCUGUCUUCCUUGGAGGGCUCUCUCAUAGCAGGUGGGAGGAUUGAGUGGGGUGGAGCAGGGACAGCAGAGGGGGGUCCAGUUUUUAGGUACAGAAUGAAGAGUGGGGAGGAAGAAGGGGUGUGUGUGUGUGUGUGUGUGUGCGCGUGAGUGUGUAUGGGGUGGGGGACGAGGCACUGUAAGCAAUGUGGCUACAGAGUUACCUUGACUCCCAUAACCUAUUUGGAACAAAACUGGGAUUGGUCAGGGUACAGGAAGCUUCUGGGGCAAAAUGACCUCGAUUCUGCACCUCCCUAGACCAUGUGCUGUCUGGACAAAGACCAGAAGCAGCUCUGCUGGGUUGUCGUUCCCACGCAGGGUGUGGGAGCAGAGGUGAGGCCCAGGCUGGUGCUAGAGGAUAGAAGAGUCAGGGCUGAGAAAGGCUGACCAGGUCUCUGCGGAGGGACAGGAGUAGAGCAAAGUAGAGAAUCAAGGUAAAAUGGUGGUCACCUCAGAGCAUUCAGUUAGGGCCUUGGGCCUGUGCUGCAGUUGACCCCGGAUGCCCCAGCUUUUGUCGUGGGGGCCAGAGACAAGGGGCCUAAGGUGAAGGCAGGCAAAUCCUGUUGGUCAGGAAGGUACUGCCCCCAGCUGGGGUGGAGGUUGGCUGUGGGAGGCCCAGGAGAAGGGGCAGCAGAGAGGCAGCUGGAAGGGGAGAAGUUGUAUGCUGCGGGCCCACCUGACCUCUGUGUGGCCCUGUCCUACCCCAGGUUGGUGAUCUUCCUCGGCAGGGGUUCUUCUGGCCUUCUGGCCACUGCGCUCUUGCCCACUUUUCUCAAGCCCUCUAGGUCCCUGGGAAUGGAAACCCUACCAGGGUUCUAGCCCUGGUUUGACCACAAACCAGCUAUAUGACCUUUGGGAAGGGCAUUGUCACCCUCAGGCUUUCAGCUUCCUCAUUUGCACUGUGGGAGCCACUAAGGUACAAAUCAGCGGAGUAAAGAAAACGAUGUAAGUGAGAUACUGCGAAGCGUCUGGCCCACUGUAGGCCCUCCAUAAAUGAGGCCUCCAACCAGUCGUCAUUCAUAGAAUACAGACAAUGGGUGGGGUAUUACUCAGUCAUAAAGAGGCAGGAGUAUUGACACAUGCUAUGAUGUGGAUGAACCUUGAAAACAGGACGCUGAGGGGCGGGGGGUGGCUCAGUCGGUUAAGCAUCUC